GCGGGAAAUCAAAUCAGACAUCCACACUUAGUGACCGGGUUACGUGGCAAUUGAUUUUUGGCGGGAAAUCACCCACCCUCCGUCGAUUAAUAUGGCCAUGAUGGAUUGCGCGAUGGCGGGAACGGCAGCAGUGACGUCACGAGGUUGCCUCGUGACAAGGAUUGGGAUCGGGAUCGUAGAUAAUCGUACGGCCACGACAAGUGGCGGGGGGCGGCUGACGUGGCGGUCUGUCGGAAGGGGUGUCGGAGGCGAGGAUUUAAAAAGGCGGGAAAAUGCAGUGAAGAACGCCGGGGACAAAAUUCGCGGGAAAAGAGAAAAAGCACAUGACGACGAAUUCCACGUGGCAGCUACAGGUUCAUCGAUCAGGAAGCAGAGGCUGAGGGACACUUCUGCGGCCAACCAUGACAGGAUAGCUGGGAAUAAAAAAGUCUUUUUACGACCGGUCGUACGACCGUCGCUGCUGCUUCUGCAAGCAACGACCGGUCGUACGGCCAAAGCGGUCGUCGAGAAUGAUUGGCAGCAAGGAAAUCAACAGCGGCAUAGAGAGAAGUCACAGGAUUGUCCGAUGACGAUGACGAUGACGAUGCCGAUGACACGUGGCGGAGGCAGGAUCGAGGAAAACGCCCACCGUCCUCUCUCCCAACGCCACGACAGGGGGAGGUGGUCCCCACCCCUGCGACGUUUGCCAAAGACGAAGGCGUGGACGGCGGGAUGCCCGAUCUCCUCCACCCCUAGGAAGGGUCAAGACUCGUUUUUUGUCCGGUGUAAUUGCCCCUCGAGAUGGGACAUCCGUCGUCGUCGUGCCUGUUCCAGCUGUAAUUGCGAGACGUCAACAAGUUCUGCCAUGUUUUUGACGGGAAGGUGGUUCGUUACCUCGUCGUUGCAGUCGGGAUUGGGAUCGGGAUUGGGAUCGGGAUUGGGCGUGUCGGGAUCUUGGAACGGCAGCUGCAGUGGCCACCCCCCCCACCUUCCGAUGCCUUCUGACGAGGACGUCAGCAGGAGCUCGAGGACGACCAGGAAGAGAGUCACGGCGGCGGGAGGGGCUUAUCCUUAUCGUCGGUGGUUUUCGCCAUCGCCAUCAUCUCCAUCAUCGCCAUCAUCGCCAUCAUCGUCAUCAUCGCCAUCGCCAUCGCCAUCGCCAUCAUGGUGGUGGUGCUGGUGGGUGAAUGAGAAAUGGUCGGGAUCGGGAUUGGGUGCUGCGCGAGGAGAAACUUCCAUUGACGGAGCCUCCGAGCCGUUGGAUGGGACGAACGAGAGGCGAUUAGGGCGACGGCCGCCGCUGGAGGGAGGAACGAGAAGAAGCGGCGAUGAUGAUAAUGACUCGUCGUCGAUGAUGAUGUGGCAGUUAGAAUGUGCGGAAUUGGCAAAUGAUGCCCGCAGGCAUGCCACCCAAUCCCGAUCCCGUCCAAUGUCGGCUGACAGCAAGGGCAAGGGAGCAGAACAUGGAACGGCGGGGGCACAACGGGCCACCCAAUCCCGAUCCCGUCCAGCGUCUCGUAUUUCGUCACGAGGCAAGACUGAGGACAAGAGGAGGGACAAACAGGCAGGCGAGGUUCUGUCAGAGCCAUCGCACCCCCUUUUGAUACCCUCUGCCUCAGAUGCCCCUGGCGUUUCCAUAGCCAUGGCCAUGGCCUUUGAUAAUCCUCUGUGGCGAUGGAAGAAGAAGCUCCCCAGGAAGACCAAGUUAACCAUCAUCAAAUACAACUCAGAAAUACCGAUCAAGGAUUUCAUUUACCCCACUUCUUCUUCCUCUUCUUCUUCUUCUUCUUCUUUAUCUCCUCUUCCUCCUCCUCCUCCUCCUCCUGCUCCUCCUAACACUCUUAGUACUCCUAUUCCAGUGUCAAGAAAGAGGGAGAAGACACCCAGGAAGUUAAUAAGGAAAGGGAAUUUGAUCAUACAGAUUCCCAUAGCAGAAGAAGAUGGAGAAGAUGUGUGCCGGGAGCAAUCCGCAAGGAGCAGGAGCAGUCUGUGUCGGCGACCAGCGGCACCAAUCACCCAUGGUGCCAAUUCCUUGUCCCCUACCCCCCCUACCUCCCCUUCCUCCUCCUCCUCCUCAUUGAGGUCGGCUGUGGCCAUGGCGGGAAAGCGGAAUGAUCUUCGUCCCAGCGAGCAGCAUUCAGUAGUUGAAGAGAAAGCGCUUAGCCGAGACCUAGAUCGGCACAAGAUGAAUGGUUUGGAUUCUGACGAAGACGACGCAGACAAAGAACAAGAUGUUCAUCGCCCAUCCGGCAAAGCCACGGGGAGUUCUACUUUGAUGAAAGAAGUCUGGUCCAGAGGAAGAUGGCUGCUGGGGUUGCUGGUUUUGCAAUCCAGCUCAUCGUUUGUUCUACAAUACUACACCGAACUGAUUGAGAAGCAUUUGGUGAUCACCCUCUUCCUCACCAUGCUUGUCGGCGCUGGCGGAAAUGCAGGCAAUCAGAGUGCUAUCAAGGUCAUCAGAGCGCUGGCUACACAGGAGCUGCAGCCAACUUUCAAAAACCUACGCCACAGCCUCAAGGAGCAGCUGAUGGUGGGGUUUCUAUUGGCAGUUGCACUGAGCGGGAUGGCCUUUGUACGGGUACUGGCAAGUGGCUAUGGCAUUACUAACUCCAUCGCGAUUUCAAUCUCGCUGUUCGUGAUCGUGUUGACAUCAGUGGUCGUGGGCUCGACCCUCCCUUUCCUCCUAGCAUGGGGUGGAUUUGACCCAGCAAAUGCGGGAACAUCUGUUCAGGUGAUCAUGGAUAUUUUGGGAGUGUCCGUAACCUGCGCUAUGCACAUUAAAGAACUACAGGCAGGCGUAUAUGGCUUACAUGGCGCCGCAGAAGACGGAGGAGAGAAACAAAAAGGGGAGGAGGAGGAGGAGGAGGAGGAGGAGGAGGAGGAGGAGGAGGAGGAAAGGGAGAGAGAGACAUCCAGCGGAGGAACCUGACCAUGGCAGUUUAUACUGAGCCCUCCAUCGUUACCAUUGGUGCCCACUUCGGAGAAGCCGAAAGGAAAAAGACGGAGGCGAAGAAAAGAAAAAGAGAAGAAUUGGAGAGGACAAUGAAGGAGGGGGAGGAAAAAGAGGAGAAAAUGUAGAAAUUAGGAGAAAAUUUUAUCACACCGCAUAAUAGAGGCUCUCUUAUGCGAAGUAUCGGUGGCGGAACUAUCGCAGGAGAAGAUGUUAUCCCACUGCAUGUACCUGGCAAGUGAGGAGGGGCCUUGGGAGCACGCUGGCUCACUUUGCGCGCAUGGGAGAGGCCCAAAGGCUGGCUGAAUUACUUUGGGCAAUCUAUAUAAGUGAACGGAGUAAGCCGCCUCACUCACAUUUGCAUCAGGUAUCCAGAUGCUGCCCCAAUGCAACUGGACGAGCUUUAGACUCAACCGGAGUGAGAGGAGGGGAACCCCUGCUACCGUCUUCCCCCGAACAUAACGCACCCUAAAAAUGAAUGUAUACAAGCUAUAUUUCCGGCCAGAUACAGCCAAAAUAAGGGUGCGUUGUGUUCGGGGGAAGACGGUAGUUGGGAGCUUAAGAGCAGUCCUUAGAGCUUGGGGAGGGGCUAGAGGGAAAGGGGGAAGUGGUGCUGGCCUAGGGAAGUGCUCCGCCAUAGCCCUCAGACUGUAGAGGAGGAAGAGAGGCUAGUGGGAACCUCCAUAACCCUCCUAGAGGGAAGGACUCCAUAGCUCUAGUGUUAGGGGGUCCACCAUAGCUAAGGAGGACCAAGGAGGAAACCUUGAGAGUAGAAGGAAGAAGGAGACUUGAGGAAGGAGAAAGAGAAGAAGGGAGAAGAAGGGUGAAGAAGAAGGGACAUAACUCCAAGAGGAGGAGGGAGGGAUUGGACUACAAACAGGUCUCCAUCAAGCUCCCACCAACGUCCAAGACCAAUAAGGAUGUCAGUGGGGAUAAAGGAGAACAUUCUUCUUCUUCUUCUUCUUCUUCUUCUUCUUCUUCUUCUAUUUCUUCUUCUUCUUCUUCUUCUUCUUCUUCUUCUUCUUCUUCUUCUUCUUCUUCUUCUUCUUCUUCUUCUUCGUCGUCGUCUUUGUCUUCGUCUUCGUCUUGUUCUUCUUCUUCUUCCCGCUCUUCUCCCUCCUCCCUUUGUUCCCGUAUCCUUCUUCCCCCUUCUGUCUUCUCUUUCUUCUCUCUCUCUCUCUCUCUCUUUUCUUCUUUUCUUUUAGAAAGAGAUUAGAUUAGGGUUCUCUACAUUUUCCAUCUCCAUUUUUCUACUUUCUCACUUGUUCCUACUUCGGUUUUCACUUGGUAGCAUUCUGAUCUUGUUCUUCUCCAUUUUCUGUUCAUUUUAUGCACGACUUUCUACUUUCUCAAUUGUUUCUACUUCGGUUUUCACUUGGUAGCAUUGUGAUCUUGUUCUUCUUCAUUUUCUGUUCAUUUUAUGCACGACUUUCAGCUUUCUCACUAGUUUCUACUUCGGUUUUCACUUGGUAGCAUUGUGAUUUUGUUGUUGUUCUUCUUCUUCUCUUCAUUUUGUGCAUGAACUUCGACUUUUUCACUUGUCCUUCGGUUUUCACUUGCAUCAUCUUGUUCUUCUUUAUUUUCUCUCCGUUUUGUGCAUUCGCUUCUACUUCCUCUCACUUCCUCCUCCUUCUGGGUAAGGCGCCCCUCCCUCUCAAAUCCGCUGACCUAGAAAGGAGAGAGCGAGCGAGCGAGAGAGAGAGAGAGAGAGAGAGAGAGAGAGAGAGAGAGAGAGAGAGAGCUGCUUGUUGGUGUUGUUGGCGGCGGCGGCGAUAGCCGCAAGCUGGAGAACCUGUUCUUAACUUUUUAUAUGAUUUCGAAUUUUCGAGUUGUAAAUAAUUUUAUUAAUUUCCGACUCUUCCGAGUCUGCUCUUACCAUGUGAAUCUUGCUGGUAUGUUUUGGAUCUUGAGUGCAAUGUUUGAAGUUUGAAGUUUGAAGUUUGAAGCAAUAAAGACAAGCAAGCAGG